ACAGCUUUCUAAAGCCCGUAUCAGACUACCGACUGCGGACGCCGACUUGACUGCCGACUACGACUGCCGACUCCAGUCGGUUGAUCACUUGUCGACGACUGAUGAAGUUUACCGCCGACUGAUCAUACUAGUGACGCCUGAUAAAAGAAAAUAAGUGGUUAGUUAAAAAAAAUGCCACAUAUGACAAGAAAUGUAAAACUGCAAACUAUAAGAAGAAAAAAGAAAAUUGCCGCACUGUCAUUAUUUAUUAUAAUGAAUGAACUUUCGGUUGAUAAACAGCAAAGAUCAACAUGGGUGAAAUCAUGGGUAGCAAGAAGACAGGCACAAGGAAUGCACCACAAUCUUUUUGUAGAAUUAUGUUUAGAAGAUCCAUACAAGUUUCGCAGAUGCCUAUGGAUGGAUACUACCUUUGAGGAGCUUCUUCACAAAAUUGCACCUUUAAUUAUAAAACAAGACACUCAUUUGAGAAAAAGUAUACCAUCAGCAGAAAGAUUGUCCCUUACUUUGAAACACAUUGCCACAGGUAUUAUCUCUGUAAAUUAUAAUAUAUAUAAUUAGA